UGUGACUAUUAUCUCCACUUCUAACUACUGGCGUUACUAAUGUAACGCGAGGGUACUAGCCGCAAGCUAACUAGCUAACGUUAGCAUCCCAGCGACCAACUAGGCUAGACUUAAAUUGCACUUUGGUGAUGAGGAGAGAUGUCGUAUAUAUAUUUUCUAGUUUCCAGCCUUUUGGAGUGACUUGGACCUUGGAAAUUGCUACUAUUUUUAGUUUAAGGACCCUAAACAUACCGGCAAGUUGGGCAAUUAUGACAUAAAGAGCGAGUGUGUUUUUUUUGUUUUGUUUUUUUUUUUACUCCAGGGCAGCAGCAGACAGUAGCGUUGGUAGUAACAGCAGCGUACGCGUGGGGAAAACAAAAGGACUUCAAAGUGAGACACAGCGUACAGACGACUGUACAAUUAAGCUGUUAAAAAUAUUGAUUUUUUUUUAAAGCUAGUAAACGUGACUCAAAUUUGAGAAACACCCGGUGCGAGUCCGUCGUCUCUUUUUAUUUUCUUUUUAGUGGUGGGAUCUUAGGAUUUAACAUAUUAUAAAACACAGUCCGCCUAUUACAAUGUUAACUUUAACAUGUAAUGUCGUCGUCCCCCCCGCUUUAAGGUCACCCUGUGCUGACUCUUGCGAGCCAUGAGCACCUGACUAGUCACUGUAGGAGUACUAUUGUUUUCCCUUUUACCACUGUGAGUCAAAAAGUGUUCAUCAUCAGACUACCCACUUAAAAAUUGCGGUGAAGAACCUAAAUAGAUUUUAGACAUAUUACCCAAAACGAAACGAUCGAAUUGCUCGUGGUAUUGUUCACUACAGUGCAAAGCAUAUCUGAUGACCCAAUAUUGUGUUUAAGUGAGGAAAAGUUUAAAGAUCUGGCCAUAUGAGGGAAAAGGAUGUAGAAGAGGAAAGCCUGCAUGUAAUCGCCUAGUUGAGUAUUAUGUAUUACUACGAGUAUCCAGUCCCUGUCGAGGUUAUCAGUUAAUAUGUUGUAGUUAUAGCUCUCGUUCUUGAAACGGUUGAUAAAUCUGCCAGUGAUUGAGGCUACCGCGAUAGAGGCUACCACAACACUCCCCCCACCCCCUUCCACCACGAAACUCGCUGAAAGUGAAGCGGGGCGGUCUCACGCAGCCAGUUCUCUUGUAAAUAAGUAAACUUGAGUAUAUCGACAAAGACGAAGGGAUGUGUUGAAGGUGGCGAUGUUUCCAGUGAAGCCGGACGGGGGGCAGCCGCUGUAGUUUCCGAGGCCACCGGGAACAGCGAUAGACAAAGACCACCAGAGAGCUUCAGACACUUGUAUUGUCUGCUCGGAGUUUGUCAUGCCCUCAGUGAUGGAGCGCUCGGGGGCUGGGGUCCUGUCCAGGAGCAGAGCCAAAACCGUAACCAACGGGAAUAGCCAGCCACACUCUGAGGAGGAGAGCAGCGAUGAAGAGCACGCUCACGACAGCAUGAUCAGAGUGGGAGGAGACUACCAGGCUCAGAUCCCAGAGUUCAAACCAGACAGCCCAGCCCGCUACAGUGAGAAGGACCAGAGGAGCAUGUUGGUCUGGUGUCCCAACAGCCAGCUCUCUGAUGCUAUGUUGGACGAGUACAUCCUCAUGGCUAAGGAGAAACACGGGUACAACAUGGAGCAGGCUCUGGGCAUGUUAUUGUGGCACAAACACGACGUGGAGCGCUCACUGGCCGACCUGGCAAACUUCACCCCCUUCCCGGAUGAGUGGACAGUUGAAGAUAAAGUGCUGUUCGAGCAGGCCUUCAGCUUCCACGGCAAGAGCUUCCACCGCAUCCAGCAGAUGCUUCCAGACAAGCUGAUCUCCAGCCUGGUAAAGUACUACUACAGCUGGAAGAAGACCAGAACCAGGACAUCAGUCAUGGACCGACAGGCCAGGAGGCUGAUCAACAAGAGAGAGAAAGAUGACAGUAAUGAUGAGAUUGAAGAAGGAGAGCAGGCCAGUGACAGUGAUUUUGAAAUUGAUGCCAAGAAAGAGGCGGCAAAACAGAACGCGAGCAGCACCAGCUCUGACAAAGCCACGCCCAGCCGCUCCGGUCCAGUGAAGAAGGAGAACAUCGGAGCUCAGUACAGACACCACCCGCUCAGAGCCCGCCGCAGGCCACCCAAAGGCAUGCACCUGGAGCAGGCGGACAUCAUGUCUCUGUCGGCCUCUCACGAUGCUGGAGUUCUAACCAUUCGCCAGCUGGACACACAGCUGGUUUCACUCAAGAGACAGGUCCAGUCUAUCAAACAGAACAACAGCAGUUUUAAGCAGAGCCUAGCUGAAGGUGUUGAUGGCUCCAGACCUACAGACCCUGCCCCUAAAAUGAACUCUCGUUGGACCACAGAGGAGCAGCUCCUUGCAGUGCAGGCUAUCCGGCGUUAUGGUAAAGACUUCACCGCCAUCGCUGAAGUGAUCGGGACUAAGACUCCGGCUCAGGUGAGCUCGUUCUUCGUGAGUUACCGGCGCCGCUUCAACCUAGACGAAGUGCUAAGGGAGUGGGCGGCGGAGCAAGUGGCCACCAGCCGAGACCAGAGAGACCCCAGGAGGAGUGGUGAGGAGAUGGCAACGGCUACAGAUGGCGGCGUAGAGGAGGAGGAGGUCAAAAUGGAGGACCCCCCCUCAGACGCCACAGGCAGCUCCUCUCCCCCCUCCUCCGCUCACGCCCCGUCCUCUUUCUCCCAGCCUCCCCCGCUGCUGCGUCCAGCUCCUCCUUCAGCACCCCCGAGCCUCCUCCGUCAGCCGCCUCCUCUUCAGACGCGCCCGCUUCAGAACAGAGCUCCCCACAACCACCCCCCACCUCCGCUCAUCCGGCCCGCAGUGACCGCCACCACCACCUCCUCCGGGAGUCUCAGGGGUUCUCCUCCCACCUCGUCCUCUUCCUCCGCUGCAGUUCAGAUGCCUCCAUCACUGGUCGGGCUUAAAGUGGAGCAGCCCAACUCACACUGAUAGACACAUGCAGCAGUAGGAGUAGACGCAGACACGCGCACACACAUAAAAAACACACAAACACAAAGCUUCUCUUCCUUCACCCUGGGACCAUCACACGACCACAUCAAAUGACACCCUCAGGUCCCCAGUGUGACAUCAAUCGUCAUUAGUGACGUGAAGCUCCUUUACUGUACUGACAAACACCUACCUCCAACACACACACACACACACACACACACACACACAGAGCUAGGAACUCCAAACACUACCUGCACACAACACACAGAAGAGACACUGGAUCAUGAAGCCGUUAAAGAAAGCCACAACCACAAGAGUGCAAAUCCACCUGCACGUCUCCAUGGCAACUCUUGAACAUCUGGAGGACUGUGGAUGAACACUAUGUAUAUCUAUAUGCUGUAAUUGCAUCGGUCUAGUCAUCCACACAACCAUCAGGAGAAAGAAAAGGAAUAAAUGAGGGAAAGAGGAAGAGUGGCCCACAGCUGAGCCAGAUGUGCUGCUCCUGAGAGGGCGUCUACGUCACACGCAGCAUUUUGUUUUUCUUCUUUCAGAUCUAGACCCUCAAAGGGGAGCGGAGGUACUUUUUCAAAAGCUUUGUGAUCAAAGCUGAAUCUUUUAUUUUGGUUUUGAAUUGUUGAUUCUUUUCAUUCUGCGUUGGGCGAAAUCUUCCCUCAUAGCCAUGUAUUGCUAGUAUUAACUGGAGUGGUGUUUUGGUUUUUUUUUGGUUCAGCUAGAAUUUUAAAGGUGUGCCUGAGGUAGGCAGUUAGUUACUGUAAGUAGAUUAGAUGGUGUACUUUGAUUACUGAGCGUAAAGGAGAAAAAGAGCCCGUUAACAUGCUCUGUCUCACGUUUCUGGAGCUGUUCAUUGGCUCAGUGUUCAAAUCUUGUUACUUUGGAGGAAUAUUUGAAGUGAUCAAAUCCCCAACAUCUGCAGUGCAGCUUUAAACAUCAGUCUGUGAUGUUUCAAUAAUGGUGUUAAUAUUCUCUAAAUAAGUGAUGUUUGAUCUUUGACAGCCGCGCCUGCCAAAGUGUAUUGUUGCUUUAAACGCAGAGUUAGGCACGGAGCGUCAGAGAGGAGUCUGACAUUUCACAUGGUUGCAUUGUUUCUUACACAGGAAGAGUUUGACAUUUUUGGAAACACUCGUUUGUGCUCUCGCAGGGUCUCAGUCUCCGAGCGGCAGCCUCGAUUACCACUUCAGAGUGGUAUCUCUCUGCACUCGUCAAAAUGCCAAACCAGUCAUUUAAACCCAAAAUGGAGCAAGUUGCGACUUUCAGUUAGUGUGUCUGAGUAAUUUAUAGAAAUGACUUUACAAAGAGGUGAUGACUUUGUGUUCCCCCGAAGUCCAGAUAAGGCAGCCUCGAGUCCUGUGCUGUCCUGGCGCAGAGGUCAAAGGAGAUCUGGAAGACAUCUUUGCUGCAGCGUCAGCCACUUGAUUCAUUUAUCCAAUAAACUGAGUGCUUCUGAGUUGUGCAACAGUGCAGUUUUCUGUUCAUGGCUACUGCUUCCAAAAGUGAUGGAAUGGCACAACCUGAUGAACAAAUGCAGAUGAUUGAAGCAUCUGUCUGGAUGACCUUUGUUGUUUAUUUCUGUUGCUAGUCUUAGACUACUCUUGUCUGCAUCGCUGCCUUUUUAUGCAGAUCUGAGGUCAGUGGUUAAGCUUCCUUAAACUGUGGUGUUGCCCCAAGCGUAGCCUCAAAUCACCUACUUUUGUUAGCAGAGGCCUUCAGCGUUCAGUUGAACGCGGCACUGAGGAGGAACGGAAACUGCAUCGCUACGUUUGGCUUUAAUAGAAGUCUUGCCUUUUUCACCUGUUUUGUUUGUUCCUCCAAAAAACCCUGCUUUUGUGUACUGUAUGUACCAAGGUGUUUACAUUGUGGAAACUGAACUGUGUUUGAGGCGUUUUUUUUCUUUUGAAUAAACAAAUGACCAAAUUCUU